GCUGCUUGAGGAGCGUCAGUAAGGCAACGACCUGUCACACACAACCUGUUCUUUGUAGCAUCUUUCACCUCUUUUACCUCACCGAGGAGGAAACACCCAACCUGAAGGAAACGCACUCUCAAGUUGCUAGAUGGUUAUCUUAUCAUACUGGAGCGCGCGCCGGUGGACACAUGGACGUGGCUAAACUGAAAUGCACUCAGCUCGCGCUUUGACGUGAUCUUCUCGUUUGCUGAUUCCGGUUGCAUUCUGCAUCUGCCAAGAGACACUUUUGCUUCAGCGCUCUUUCUUCAAUGCUUAACCUUGACAACAAGCGCAACUUCCCGAUGCGUGAUGAUGUUCUAUGUGUAGCCAACAUCCGGUUGGUGAUUUAACUUUACCCACGUGUACUGGCUUUAUUUUCCUUACUGCAAAUGUGUUUGUGUGGAAGAGGACCUAAACGACUGACAGCUGACGCUCUGCAGGUUGUUCCUGCAUGAGAAGGCUCACGUUUCAUCAUUCGGGGUUGUUUUUCCUUUUUUUUUUUUAUUUGGACGAAACGCAGAAGUGGUGCCGAUACCUGAGUGUUUUUUAUACAACAACCGUUCACAGAGAUUUGGAAGAGACUUGGAGUAAUCUUUAGCGCUUUCGUGUUUUUGUGUGCGUGUGAAAUAAUACAAAAAGGCUCUCAAAGGUUGUGGAGGAAAAACGCAGCAGUGGUUGUGGGAGAGCAUCCAAAGACGAUGGUCCACUGUGCAGGCUGCGAGAGGCCUAUACUGGACAGGUUCCUGCUCAAUGUGCUGGACAGAGCGUGGCACAUCAAGUGUGUGCAGUGCUGCGAGUGUAAAUGCAAUCUGACUGAAAAAUGUUUUUCUCGAGAAGGGAAACUCUAUUGCAAAAAUGACUUCUUUAGGCGCUUUGGGACCAAGUGCGCAGGCUGUGCUCAGGGCAUUUCGCCCAAUGACCUGGUCCGCAGAGCGCGCAGUAAAGUGUUCCACCUCAACUGCUUCACAUGCAUGAUGUGCAACAAACAGCUGUCCACGGGGGAGGAACUCUACAUCAUAGACGAGAACAAAUUUGUGUGCAAAGACGACUAUUUAAGUAACACUACCGUCAAAGACAGCAACCUUCUCUCGGUAACAGCCUGCAGUGAUCCGAGUUUAUCACCCGACUCCCAAGACCCGCUUCAGGAUGAUGUGAAGGACUCGGAAAUCGCCACCUUGUCGGACAAAGAAACGGUGAACAACGAGAACGACGACCAGAACCUGGGCGGGAAGCGGCGCGGCCCGAGGACCACCAUCAAAGCCAAACAGCUUGAGACGCUGAAGGCAGCGUUCGCGGCCACGCCCAAGCCCACGCGCCACAUCCGGGAACAGCUCGCGCAGGAAACCGGCCUCAACAUGCGCGUCAUCCAGGUCUGGUUCCAAAACCGGCGCUCUAAAGAGCGGCGCAUGAAGCAGCUGAGCGCGCUCGGCGCGCGGAGACACGCGUUUUUCCGGAGCCCACGGAGGAUGCGCACGCUGGUGGACCGCCUGGAACCAGGAGAACUCAUCCCGAACGGCCCUUUCUCCUACUACGGAGAUUAUCAGAAUGAUUACUAUGGACCUGGAGGGAACUACGACUUCUUUCCUCAAGGACCACCAUCCUCACAGGCCCAGACCCCAGUAGACCUCCCUUUCGUCCCAUCAUCAGGACCCACUGGCACUCCUUUAGGGGGCAUGGACCAUCCCAUCCCUGGGCAUCAUCCAUCCAGCGAAGUACAGCGCUUUUCAGACAUCAUGUCUCACCACCCAGGAGAGUCGCCCAGCCCAGAACCAGGGAUCCCUGGACCUCUGCACAGUAUGUCGUCCGAUGUCUUCGGUCCUAGUCCCUCAUUUACCUCACUCUCCCUCAAUGGAAGUGGAUACAGCAACCACCUCUCCCAUCCUCCUUCGGAAAUGAACGAGGGCACAGUCUGGUAGCUCCUGAAGGUGUUUCUCCAGAAAGAAAUUAGGGACAUCAAAAAAGAGCGGAUGGCAACAGGGACGCUGGUUGCUUUUUUGCCAUUCAUAUUUAUUAUUUUUGGACUAUUUUCAUUAUUUUGGUGAUAAGAGAGCAUAAACAGGUGCAGCAUACAAAGAGGCCAUAGCCAUUUACUAUAAUAUUGUGUUGCUGUUCAGUUUGUUGUUUUUUCCUCAUCAAAGUCAGAACUCGAGCACAGAAAUGACUGAUGGCUACUGUUGACCUAAUCGCUGUAUGGACAGCGCUGUGAGGCUUAGCACAGCAACCCCCCACACCUCCUGAAGCCCUCCAUGCACCACUGGUUAAAACUUCACUCUCAAAACAAUGAUCACAACAUAUUAACAGUAUUAGUACUGUCAAAGACAUAGCUUUACAGAGAAACACCCACGGCGGCUUACCUAACGCUUACCUGCGAUGUUGACUCCAGGAAAGACCUAAGCCGGCAGACUAAUUUAUUUAUUUGAAAGCUCCUCAGACCUCUUUGCCUUUCAAGGCUUUGCCAUAUUGACACUUAAACAACCUUUUUGACACUAAAUAUGUUUCUGGAGGCAGGGAGGAAAAAAAAGUUUUUUUUUUCUCUGUGUGGACAUAUCCCUUUGUUUUUCCUAGAGUUCCACCAAAUCUGAAGUUGGCCUUCAAAAGGCAAACAGUAAAUGUUGUAUGGAUUGUGAACCCUUUAUUUAAUGGAAGAGAACUUGAAAUGUUGUUAAAUGAAGUCUACCUUCUAAAAUUAUUUUAACGAGGGUCUGAAAGGGACUUAGAACAGUCAACUGUUUACGUAAUAUAUUUAAUUCAGGAGUUAAAAGUAUCAACCAUGUUUUAGAACCUCUUGAUCCAGAUAAAGAAGUUCCAAGCAACCAACCAAACUUUUGUAUUGACUUUAUUUAUAUUGUAUGAAGAAAAAUGAGUUUGCUGGGGUUGUGGUUCACUGUGCUAGUUUGUACAAGAUGUUGUUUACAAAAAAAUGAAAAAGGAAAAAAAAAACACAAGUAAGUAGACAGUUGCCAAAUAAAACCAUAGCACAAAUACUGUAAAAGUGCUUUGCACCAUUAUCUGCAGAACGUGUUGAAACAAAGUGUAAGUGUUAAAAAAAACAAUAAGAAGUAUUUACUUCUUGAUUUUUUUAGUCUGCUGAAGAAAACAUUAAAAAAUUGUUAAUAUAACAUACUUAGACCUACAAGUUUUAUUUUUGUGUCUUUAAAGAAAAAUCCAAACUAUUAAAAUUGAUGGUCAAAUGUGCAGCGAGCAGCUGCAAAUUUCUUUAAAUAUCAAAUUCUCAUGGUAUGUCUUUUAUUGUUCUAAUAAACCUAAGCUUAUGUGACCUCCAGUGCAUAUUAGACCAUUCACUGUAUAAA